AUGCCUGAUGACUCGAGCUCAUCCACCGAUCGGGAUCUGCUCUCGCGCCUCAAUGCGCUGAGAAAGUCGACCGUUACUCUCGACCAGACGAACUAUCAGGCACCCCUGCCGCGUCGUAUUCCCGCAUCACUCGACGCCGCUCCAGCCCGCGCUCUCCACUCCGACCUACUGGCACGAUGGAAAUCCCUAGGAGGCACUCCCUCUGCGAGCGAAGGCCACGAAUCUGAGACACUCCCAACCAAGGCCGAGGAAGAAAAGACGCUCGACGAGUUGCUGGAAGAUUUAGGGCCGUCGGAGACUUGGGAGGUCGGAAAAAGUGAAGAAGAUCAGGUCGCGGAGCUAUUGCGGUCGGCACAGUCGGUGCUUGCCGAUACGUCGCAGGAGCAGGAAUUGAGAGGAGACACCGCAGACGGACAUGCGGCAGACCAUACUCCUGAAGCCAGGCUCCCUACCAUUGAUGUAUCGGUCUUCCAACCGGAGCAUGAGGUGGCAUCGGAUGGGGAUGACGCUCCAAGAGAAAUCGGCUGGAAGUCGAAAGACACACUUGACCAGGAAGCCGACGAACUACUGCAGAGAAUCCUCGAUGAAGUGAAGCUUGAGCCCCCGGAGGUUCUCGAUGAAGAUAAGGAUCAGUCAGGGUCUGGCGAUGACGUUCUCCCGUCAGGUCCCGAUCUGUCGAGGUCUACCGCGGAGCCAUCAUCUUCUGCUCUGGAUCUCCCUGCUACACCAACUAAAUUGCCGGAAACUGUUGACCCCGAGAGCAAGUUGAACGUAGACGACGACUUGGCCACUCGCUUCGCCGGACUUGCCCUGCCCUCUGUCCCAACUACUAUACAAUCUUCCAAGUCCACAAAGACGAGCACAAAGACGGGUGUAGGUUAUGCUGAUGAAGAAAUCGAGACUUGGUGCAUCAUAUGCAACGACGACGCCACGCUACGGUGUAUUGGGUGUGACGGAGAUCUCUACUGCACGAACUGCUGGAUGGAAGGGCACAGAGGCGAGGAUGCUGGACUUGAGGAGCGAGGCCACAAAGCAGUGCAGUUUGUGAAGGGGGGCGGGAAAAGGAAACCCCCCAAGAGAAGGGUCAUGAUGGGGGCUGGGGCCUGA